AUGCCAGUCUUCACGGCCAACAUACCCGGUAUCCUUAAGGUCGGAGAUAAAAUUGAAAUCGGUGGUAAAAUUAAGGAAAACGCUCGGAAGAUGUCGGUGAAUCUCUGCGCUCAAGAGGGCGAAGAGCCCCGAGAUGUGGUGCUGCACUUCGAUGUGCGGUUCCACCGGGACAACAUCAUUUCUUUAUCCAGAAAGAACGGCAUCUGGAUUGGCAGCGGGAAUUAUGAUACAAAUUAUAAUAUGUUCGUACCAGGUACAAUAUUCCGCAUAAUCUUCGAAAUUAAAGACACCGACGUGAUCACCAUCUACUGCCAGGGAAAGUUCCACUCUAACUUCCUUCCAAAAAUACCCCUCACGAUGGCAAGGUAUAUCGUUGCAUGGGCAGAUGUUGAACGGAUUACACAUUGCUACUUCUAUCUAAAUAACAAGGCGGUGGGUGGAGAUGAGAUUAGUGGCCCAGGAGCCUAUGUGCCGCAAUCGCCGCGUCCCACAAUGAUAGCUGGUGAUGCUGGUAAAAGAUGCUCUAGAAUCCAUAAAACACCACAGGGCUCCCCAGACAUCAACUCAUCGGGAGAAAGUUCCGAUGAUGACAAGCCGAGACCGAAAGGCGAGGGGCGAGCCGACAGAUACUUCUAUGAUACUUUGAUGUGCCAACCUCCAGAUCAUCCAAAAUUUGGUUCACCUGAUUCUAUGAAGCGACGCGAUCCGAAUAUAAUCAGGGCUAAAGAAUAUAGGAAAUUUAGGGAGUUAUCGGAUACAGAGAAAAAUGAGAGCGAAGAUUAUUCAGAAGAUAUUGCUUCAAAGAAUUUGGAUUCAUCCAUUAUUGAGUCUGAUGAUGUUUUGCAAGAAUUAGGUAUUAAGAAACGCAAUAGGCGUGGUAAGUUUGCUCCGUUCGCUCAAGUUGUGAAUUUUAUGGGAAAGACCACGAAAAGAAAUUAG